AUGUUCAGUUUGCCCAAGGGCUUCCGUGUUCAAGCAGCAUCAAACUAUACCAACCCCUAUGCUGUGGAUGUAAUCCGGGCAAAGAGGAGUGAUCUGGUUCAUGGGAUCUCAAAUACCGAGGAUCUGCUGGAUCAUCUCGUCGCAGAGGGUGUCAUGACAGCCGACAAGAGAUCCAUUGUUUUGGCCAUCAGGUCUCGCAGGGAUCAAAACUGCAGGGUGCUGGACAUCCUGGAGGCCAGAGGAGAGAGGGCCUGUCGGAAAUUCUUCCAUCCAUGUCUGAUGAUGGCAGAGCCCGACCUCUAUCAGCAAAUCAAGACCUAUGUCGGGGGUGUGAACGAAUGUGUUCGGGACACAAGAAGACAGCUGAUUGGAUAUUUGCUGGAGAGGGAGCGGGAUGGGAUGGUUAAAACUACUCAUGGAAUUGAGGACAGAAGUGUUGCGCCACUUUUAAAACCAGAGGAGCAGCAAACAGCACAAAGUAAAGCAGAUCAUCUCAUCCACAUGAUUGCUACAGAUGGCAAGGCAGCCCUGCUGGAGGAGCUGUUAGAAGACACUGAUAUCAACACAGUCACUUCCUCUAAUGAGACUUUAUUACAUGAAGCUGCUGAGCACGGUCACCUGUCCAUCAUUGAGCACUUGAUCCGCAAAGGAGCCACACUGGACCUGCAGGACAGUAAGGGUCACACAGCUCUUCACAGAGCAGCCAGCAGGGGUCACACUAACAUAGUCAAUGCACUCGUACAGGCUGGGGCCCCCAUCUACUCUCUGGAUCUGCAAGGCAGAACACCAGUUCACCUGGCAGCAGAGAACGAGCACCUGAGCUCUGUGAAAGUCCUGGUGGAGGAGGAGAGGAAGCACUCUGAGAGCCACAAGCGGGACAUGUUUCUUCACUCAGCAGCCAUGGAAGAUAACUGGAGGCUGGCCGAGAUGCUGCUGCAGAGCGGAGCUGCUGUCAAUGCCAGAAACAAGCAUGAGAAAACACCCCUGUUUUCUGCAGUUUCCAGGAACAAUGAGAAAACAGUGGCUGUCCUUCUAAAGGCAGGGGCCAAAGUUGACCUAGAUGUUAUAAAAGAAGCCAUUAUGCUCAAUGAAGAAUCAAUUCUCCAUUUGCUGCUCGAUAGUGCCAGAGGCGCUCUGAGUGAGGAAGAGCUGGGUUCUGCUCUCCUCUCAGCUGUCAGACAGAAUCAUGAUGGACUGGUAACUGUUCUUAUAGACCGUGGCGCAAAUGUCAACGUGUUUGACAAACAAGGCUACACUCCUCUCCUGCUGUCAGCCGAGCUGGGGCACAGUGAAGUCCUCAGGGUGCUGGUAGCCAAACAGGCCAAGCUGGAUGCCACUUUAUCCGACGGUUCCUCAGCGUUGCACCUGGCUGUCCACAGUGGCAGUGCGCCUAUAGUGCAGACAUUGCUGGGAAAGGGAUUGGACCCCAACACUACCGGUCCUAAAGCCCAAACCCCUCUGCACCUGGCAGCUCAGUGCAAUAGGCCAGAACUGGUUGAUCUUCUGCUAAGAGCCAGAGCACAGGUAAAUGCAGCAGCACAGGAUGGUUUGACUCCCCUGCAUGUAGCCAGUCAGCAGGGCCAUGCAGACCCAGUGAUCCGGCUUCUUCAAGGUAAGGCAGAUCCGGGGAUCAAAGACAGGCUGGGGAGGACAGCCUUGCACUGGGCAGCCUCUUCCCCAGGAGACAGUGGUGUUGUAGACCUGCUGCUGACAGCCAAAACCAACCCACACACCACUGAUAACGAGAAGAAAACCGCCCUCCACCAGGCCGCUAUAGCGGGGAGAGUUGACGCUUUGACUUCGCUGUUGUCCCACAAGGCAAAGGCAGGGGCUAAAGACAUGGAUGGCUCCACGCCUCUCCAUUAUGCAGCAGCGGGUGGUCACGCCACCGUGGUUUCGGCUCUUUUACAGUCACUCAACAACAAGGGGGUAGACGAGAGGAACGUGUGGAGGAAGACGCCACUUCACACUGCAGCAGAUAAGGGCCACAACAGUGUGGCGGUGGUGCUCUUGGGGGCCGGGGCAAAGAUUAACAGUGCAGACAACAGUAAAGACACUCCUCUGCACUCCGCUGCCCGAGGUGGGCACCAGGAGGUAGUAAAGACUCUCCUAAACUGGGGCCAAGGUGGGCACAUGGGACGGAGGAAGAAGGCGAAUCUGCAGGUGACCAAUAAUGUAGGGAAGACACCGCUGCAGGUGGCAGAGAGUGGAGACACAUCAGAACACAAGGACAUUGUCAUUUUACUCCAGAAGAAGAUGCUUCUUAUCAAAUAAAAGGGAAGAGGUUAUCGCAUCACAUCUCAUACUAUCAUAUCCUGUGAAAGACAUUGAGUACCCACAAGCAUUGAUA